AGCCAGGUCUCAUCGUCGUUGGUAGACGCAGUCUACCUACCGAUUUAUUCGUAGACAUCGUUUUCGAGCUAUAGCUACCCACCCGCCCCCCAGGCCGAAGAAGACGGCCCUUUCCACUUAGGAUGAUAGGUCGCUCCAUAUCUCCGGUACUAACAUUGGAGGCCGCCACGGAUGAAAGCGAGCCGACACUACCUGCUCUGCCCUUAAUAGUAGAACUGCAAAGCACGAAAAAUGAGUUCAGCAGGCCACCUGGUGCCGCUUCUAGAAGUACAAGCGGUCCCCUUUUCAGUUCGACAAGCGGCAAGAUUGUUCAGAAUUAUAACGAUAACCACAAAGAAGUAGAACUCCAGCAACACCCCGAAGCUGCACCAUCAAUAAGACUAAAAGACAACAAGAUGGACUCCUGGCACUGUUUUUCGCACGAGCUUGUUCCCAAAAUCGAGCUCCUUCCGCUUCAGGGGGAGCCGCGACGGGAGAAAGACAAGCUCUUCAUCCGGUGUUUUGAAGACGCUUUCCGGUUGCUGUGGGAUAGAACAAACAGCAGAACUUCAGAACGACCCGAAACUCAACGACAAACCCCUCAAGGAAUUUCAACGUCAGCCAGCUCUGCUUCUGAGCCAGAGCCUGUACUAGUUACAACUACAUCUUCGGAUCAUCAAAACAGCUGCAGGCAAAACGGCAAUUUUCACCCCCACGACCUGUACCCGCCCGAGGACUUGAUCCUGGAAAUGAGCCAGGCCUGGGUGGAGCGUGAGCGACAGGAGGCCUUUGAGAAAGCGCAGGGGCACGUGCACUGA